CUCGCCUUUGCAAACUCCCACUCGCCGCGCGGCCAUUCCUGGCGCCCGCGACACUCGCAAAGACUCCAGGCAGCUCCAGCAAUCACCAUGGUGGAUGUUAAGGACAAGGUCAGCGAAUUCUUUAACCACAGGAACAACCUGGAACUCGUUCUGCGCAUCGUGCAAUGGUUGGUCGCAGUCGUGUCGUUCCUGUGCAGCACGGCCGUGACUGGCCUUGGCGCAGGCGACUUUGCCUUCCUCCUCACGUACACGUUGUGGGUGUACACAGUGCUGUACAUCGUAUUUGUUCUGCGGCAAGAAAAACUGACCCUUCUUCCGGUCCACAAGCUCAUCAUUGACGGCGGGUUUGCGCUCAGCCUCGUCGCUGCUGGCAUUGCGCUGGCAUGCAGCCCGCUCUUGCGUUAUUGCGGUGGAAGUUGCAGCGCGGCCUAUGCAUGCGUCGUGUUCCUGUUCGUUGGCGCGCUAAUCCAAGGCGCGUCGGUCUUCGUCACGUACACCCAAGAUUACCGCACGCGCGACUCGGACGCGGAAGAGUUCACCAGUCCCCCAGCGGCAAUUCUUGGGGCCUAGCGUUCCUAUAUGUAUGAAUCCAUUCUAGUCGACGACUUGACCACAUUUCUGGUCACUUUCAACGGCGACCUACCUCAGACGACGCUCUCAACUUGACAUGCGCCCAUGCCAUGGCUCAUUUCCAUUUUCACGACAUAUCUUGCACUCGUCUACACAACUCGGAUAUCCGCGACAUGG